UAAUUGCAAUAUUUACAGCAAAUUUCCAUUUCAUGCAUUCUUAUUGGGAUAUUUUCCAACAAUUAAUACAUUUCCUGGCCUCAAUUUACACUCUUCUUCCACCCCAAUACUUCAAUGCAAUUCGAUUCGAUUCAAUUCAAUUCAAUUCAAUUGCUCUCACUCUAUCCCUCUCUAAACAAUUUUCUCUCUCAUCCUAUACCCUCCACCUCUCCCCCAUAAUUUAAUUAAGCAUUAAAGCAAAUCCAUCUUCCUCUCCCUCCCCUUCUCUUUGUGCGUGUAUAUAUAAUGGUGUUUUGAGGUCCAUACACCACCUCCCCAACGACCAUGUUUUUGUUCCCUCAUCUUUUCAUGGUUUUUGCCUAACCCAAAUUUCUCCCAACCUAAGACCAAGUUACCCAAUAUUCCCAUCCUCCUCCUCCCUUUUCACAAGCCCUCUCGACAAUCCCCAAGCCCAAGCCAUGAGUAGACGGAACGGAGGCGGUCCGAAGCUUGACCUGAAGCUGAACCUGUCACCACCGAGGGCUAAUCAUCAGCCGGCGGAGUCACCACGAAGAUCAGCGACUGUUUCACCUACGUCACCGCCGAGCUCAUGCGUGUCAUCGGAGCUGAAUCAAGACGACAAUUUUAGCCCGGAGACCACUUCCAUGGUGCUAGUCGGGUGCCCUAGGUGCCUCAUGUAUGUGAUGCUCUCGGAGGACGACCCCAAAUGCCCUAAAUGCAAGAGCACUGUUUUGCUAGACUUUCUUCAUGACAACACCACCACCACACCAACCUCAAAGACAAGGAAGAGCUAAAAAAAAGCUAAAAGAGCUAAGAGCUAGAGUAGUCUAUCCGUUUUUUUUUGGGUUUUUUUUUUUUUUCCAAUUUUACUAGGACUUCAUGUUAGGCUCUGUCUAUUUCCAACCCUUUUUUUAUCCUUCGUGGAGGCAGCGCUAUUGGCGCUCCAUUUAGCUACAUUUUUCGUUAUUUAAAAAUAGCGGAAAAUAUUUGACCUAGACAAGGAUCAAUUCAUCCUUAAUUGGUUGGUUGAGCCUUGUUAACUAGGUAUCUGAAAAUGAGUGGAGCGCGAAUAUCACUACCUAUGUUGUUUUAUCUUUUUUAUUGACCUUGCUAAUCUUAGAAAUUAGGUUAUGGAUGAUGGGCAAUUGGGCUUGCACUACUGGGGUUUGGUAGGUGGGAUGAAAGGUGUUUGUUUCUGCCUUUGCUAACCCUUUAGCAGAAAGUCAAUGAUGUAAAACGGUUAACUGUAACUGCCCAACAUUUUCAUCUGAGAAAAAAAAAAAGUUGGAUCAUAUUUUGUUA